CCACAUCCUCUUCUUGCAACACCAGCACCUCGGCCACUGAGCCUGGCCCCCGCCAGUGAGUGGUGCUGAGCCAUGGGCAAAAGAGGAAGCGAAGCCCCCGAGAGGUACCGAGGAACACGUCUGGCCAGAGGGCUGCCCGACGGGUGCCGAAGGCCAUCCUGGCCAUGCGGCUGCUGCUGCUGCUGCUGCUCGCCUGCACGGCUCCGUGCCCCUCGGCAGGCGGCCGGGCAGUGAGGGGGCCCGGCACUGUGCGUGGGCACCUGGGGGGGUCCCUCUCGGUGUCCUGCUUGUACCGGCAAGGCUACGAGAACAACUCAAAGUUCUGGUGCCACCCGGGAACGAUCGCUAUCUGUGCUUCUGACGUCCACAUCAUCGCCACCUCGGAGAGUAAUCCCCAGGUGCAGCGGGGCCGGUUCUCCAUCUGGGACAAUCGCAGCCAGCGGGUGUUCACCGUGACCAUACAGAACCUGAAGGCAGAGGACGCGGGCACCUACCGCUGCGGGGUGCAAAAGCCCUUCUUUCAGUUUGAUUACAGUGACGAUGUGAAGGUGAUCGUGUCCCCAGGACCACCACAGGGGACUACCGAUGCCCUCUUUUGGGCCACCUCAUGGCCACUAACACCGAGUGUGAGCUCCCCAUUGAGCACGGACUCGCCGUUGCGCACGGGUGCUCCGCGGAGCGCGGGUAACGUGACCCUGGGUGCGGAUGUGCCAUCGGGGCGCUGUGACAGCCUCCGCUGGUUCCCGCUGCUGGCCGGGCUGCAGCUGCUGGCCCUGGUGGCCAUGAGCAUGACCGUGCUGUGGCUGAGCCUGCGGAGAGACUGAGCACCGGGGCUCGCAGCGCUCAGCCCCCGCCGCCGCAAUAAAGCGCUCGGGCACCGCGUCGAGGCUCCA